AUGAGCUCCUACAGAAACUGGACCAAGCCUGUCAUGGACACUCCUCGCAAUUGCAUCGAGGACUUUGGCCCUGAAGAGUUCCCAAUGCGCACCCCGAGAGAUCACACUGAGGAAGAUAUUGCUCACAUCUUGAGCCUUUCUCAGCUCACCGAAGUCCGACGAGAGCUCAGCCGCUAUGGCUCAGACAGUUCUGAUGUUGUUGGCCCGCUCAACAAAGUCCUUCAAAUCUACACCAUCUCAGCCAAGGCCUUCCUCAGCCAGGCCGAGACCUUCCGCCAAAUAGCCCUCCGUGGCAUUGAUGACAGUUUUAUCGCCCAGAAGACACAAAUUGCCGCCACCCACCGCUGCUGCUUCUCGCUCUCGGUCAUGAAAGCCAGGCGCAAUGCCGCCACGGCCAAGAAGGCCCUCAUCGCAGCCACCGACACCCUUUUCGCCAAGUGCCACGGGGACAUCCUCGAGGCUAUGGAGCUCAUGCACCGCCAGCUCGCCAUGAACGCUUUCCUCACCAGCGAGCUCAGUUGGUCGGCUGACCGAUUCGUCAUCAACGGCGCCCGCCAAGGUUGCCUCGCCAGCGAUGACAUCCAUGCCUACCAGCUCAUCAAGCACUUUACUCCAGUUAUAGACGACUACAUCCACAAUGACGGCCGCUACAGCCUCCGACUUCAGUGGAUCCCAUUUGCCGGUGCCACCAAGUACCCCGAAAGCCUUUCUAUUAACCGCACCAGCGAGGAAAGCUUCGAUGUCGAAGAUAUCCACUGGACAGUCUAUGAGCGUGCCGGCAACGAGUUGGAUCUUCACCCUCGCUUUCAACCCAAAACUGUUCCAAUCACAGUCACCAUUCGCUGCAAUCUCGUCCAAGAGGAGCAGUCUUGGGACCGCAUCAUCAUGGAGCGCGAUGAGAUGGCUGAAAAGAAGUAUAAGAAGUCCCUUCCCAUCUUGAAGAAACUCACAUACAAGGCCGGUGACCACCGCAAAGCUCCAGAAUCGGUCAGCAGGCGUGCCUUGACUCUGUGGGAGCGUGCCACCAUCGAGCGCGAUGAGGUCGCUGAAAAGGCGUACAAGAGCUCCAUCCCCUUUUGGAAGAAACUCACCUACACGGCCGGCGACCACCGCGAAGCUCUGGCAUUGGCUAGCAACAUUCCUCCAUUUAGGCCACACACCAAUAGGAUAUGA